UGUGUCCCGCUGUCGGCCGCUCUUAACAUGUUGACCACUGUGUUUCUGUCAGCGCUCCUGAUGCAGGGAGGUCUCGGAGGGGCAGCGGCGUCUGACCUUCGGGUCUAUGGGAAAUCAAUGCACCGCGAUAAAACUUUGCUGAGCAGAGACGACGGAAGACACGCUGUGAGGAGACAGCCACACCAACAAACAAAAAGUGAAAGCCACCGGAGCUUGGAUCUCGGGAGCCUCAACAUGCACGUGACCCCGGCCAUCAGCAAAAUCAGCCUCCCGACCAUCAUCAAGCUCUACGCGCCCACCGCCAAGCCCAUCCACAUGCACGUCAACAUGCCCAUGCGCUUUGGUAGAGAGAAAGACCCUGACGAUGACAAGGCGCCGAACUCCCCCAACAUGCCGCAGAGGUUUGGACGAUCCAGGGCAGUGAACCGACUGUGUGCUGCAGGGUGUCCCGAAGUGCGAGAAGCACCGAACCCAGAGCUGCGUCACAGAUUUGGGAGAAACGGUCUUUACUGGAGCCUUCUCAAAACUCUAGCCAGUGAAUAGUUUUUUUUUGUUUCGUUUUCUAGUCAUGGAGGAUGUUUUCGGCGCUACACUGACCGUCAAGAAGAAAACCAAUGAAACACUGUAAAUAUAGUAAGGCUUGGUUGAAUUGAUGUGAAUAUAAUUCUAGUGUCUCUUACGUAAUGUGAUU